AUGCCCGUCGUGGCUGGUACCGGUGUAAUCACGAGCGGCAUCACACCUAAUACUAGAGGUCUCGCAGCACUCCCAAACGACAUUCUACUCAAGAUACUCGAGGCUCUUGACGUAGAAUCGGCUGUCACUUUCCAUCGGAUUUGCAAGCUCUUGUAUGUGUUUGCUACUUCGAGGCCGGCGUGGUUAGCUAUCGCUAGAAUGGUCUCGCAAAACGGAAUACUUCCCUUGCCGCUGGACAAGACAUACCCUGCACCCUCCUCGCUUUCAACGACAGAGAUGAAGAGAGCGAUCCAAAGAGGGAUCAUUGCUCAACGUGCCCUUGAUCGUUCUUCUCCCGCGCUCCAUGUGCACUCAUACCUUGGCACGGGUUCUUAUCUUCGACAAAGCUCGGCCUACUCGCUGCUAUCCGACCAAACCGUCGUUCAUUCCGCCUUCUUACCUGGUGGUCGCUUUCUUCUCACUGUCCAACUUGACAGUUCCUUCGCAUGUUGGGACUUGGAAUCACCUACCCGAACGCGUUCUGUUCGAUUACAGACCGGAUCUGACACAGUCGAAGAUGACGAAAUAGUCGAGCCACAUUGUGUAGCAUAUUGGAAGACAGGAGGAGCAUACGUCGAGUUCGCACACGACCUAGUCGAAGAAGGCAAUGCUGUUAUCGUUGCCCUUUUGGUCAUCCAUACCGUCCCAGACCAGCUCCCCCUCAUACGAAAUCUUCAUGUACUUCGAAUCGAAUUACCCACUCCUAAAUCUCGCCGACAUUCCAGACCACCCAUCCCAGAUGAAUGCAUGUACAAUGCGCAAUUACUCGCAUCCGCUCCCAUUCCCCACCCCUUAUUCGUUUGCUCUUCCUACGUUCACGCUUCUGGCCAUGCGGGAUUGAUUGGUGCGAUGUCGACGGGUCCCGAAGUUAUCUUUGUUCUCUUUUUCAACCCCCGCCCCCCGCCACGAAUAGCACCCACGCCUCCCUUCUCGAUGCUUACUUUUGCCGAAGCUGCUGCAGCCGUUACAGCUCUGGGAAACUCUCGCGUCACACUGGUUCAAUGUAGUUUUCGCACCAAACCAACACGCUUCUAUGCCCUUGGUUCUGCAGAACACAUCAUUCUUUAUUGCGAAUCUGGCGGCUGUGUAUACUCGUAUACGCACGACGUCCCAUCUCUCCGCGCGCUAGCAUAUGCCCGCUCGGCGAUAGAUCCGGUAUUGGUCAUCCCCGCUCCUCCACCCCACGAAGAUCCGUUCCCAGCGGGCGAGCACGGAACACCUGGCGCGCCACAUAUUCAAAAGAUGUGCGUUGUGCUCAGGAAACGGGGUCCUGCCUGGCUUGAAUAUGGUGACGACUGGGUAGAGUACAAACCCAACCCUGGCACGCACAAGAUUAGCGCCCUUAGCAUGACGAUCGACGCCGAGACAACCAAUCUAGACGCAUUCCAGGGUCUUGUUAUCGGCAUACAUGGUGUGGACACUAACCGAAAAAGUGUUCCUCGAGAUGACAGUAUGGAUAUGGACAUAGAGAUGAGCGUCCCCGACAGUGCCCGACCACAGCACAUCCCCAACCCACAGGCCGUUGCAUCCCCCUCCCCUCCUCCCAACACACUCCCUCCUACCGAGAGUUAUUCAUCCUCCCAGCCUGCCUCUACCCAGCCUCCACGAUACCGCCGCGAGUGUCGCGUGCGAUACAAACGCACCGUCUUCCCUUCACGUCUUCAAUGUACCUGGCACGAGCUUGCAGCCUUGGGUGUACACGGUCGUCGUGUAGUCUGGAUCGAAGGCAACGGUCCUCCACAAGACGAAGGACGUCUGGAUGUUGAGCCGCACGACGAGAAUGCCACACUACGCCUCAUGCUAUCUGCACUCGAAGGUAGUGGCCCCAAGGAAGUUUCCAUUCCGCCCAGCGUGAGAGCUCAACUCACGCAUGUGUCGUGUGUUGCCUUUGAGGAUUCGACUGGUGCCAUUGCCUUGGCAACUCUCGACGGCCGAGUCAUCCUUCUUCAGUUUACCUAG